AUGAGCUCUGUUCUUACUGACGGAGGAAGACUUUGCCCCCCGCCCGCUCCCCGGGCCGUCUUUUCUCCGCCACGGGCCUGUCGGCGCGCGGGGUCCGCUCCCGGUCCCGAGAAAAUCCAGGUCCAGGUCUUCGGUGCUGGGCUUGGAAGGGUAUUUGGAGGCUCCGAGCUGCAGGAGCGGAGGGUUUCUGAACGCGUGACCUUGUGCCAAGCUGGCUGCGUGGAGGUAGAGGCAGAUACAGAGGCUGUGGUUGGCCAGUCUUUCAAGAUCCGUUGCAUCUCAUGCAAGAAGCGCAGUGAAACAGAGGCAGAAGCCUUCACUCAGUGGUUCUUCAGGCAGGAGGGGACAACCGACCUGGUCAAGAUCCUUCAGUAUGAUCCCUAUGAUAAACUCAGUGUGUAUGAUCCUCGCUUUGAAAAUCUAGUGAUGUGGAAUGGCACCAAGAACAUUGCAGACUUGCAGGAUGUCUCCAUUUUCAUCCUGAAUGUGACUUCAGAACACGCAGGGGAGUACAUCUGCAGCAUCAACCGCACACUCCAUUAUGCCAAUGAGUUCUCCCACAACAUCUUGAUCAACAAAACAAUCCACAUUGAUGUGGUUGAAAAAGCCAAUCGGGAUACGGCAUCUAUUGUCUCCGAAAUCAUGAUGUACGUUCUCAUUGUUGUCCUGACCAUCUGGCUGGUAGCUGAGAUGAUCUAUUGCUACAAGAAGAUCGCUGCAGCGACAGAGGCAGCUGCUCAAGAGAAUGCCUCUGAAUACUUGGCCAUCACGUCGGAGAGUAAAGAAAACUGCACAGGGGUGCAGGUAGCUGAAUAGCCCAUGCCAGGCCAUUGGCGGGCACUGGGAUUCCUGAUUUUUAUAAGGGAUGAGGCUUUGACAAGGAGUGGAGAAGAGGCAAAGUGACUCAGCAGAGCCAUCAGCAGCCCCGAGAAGAAGUGAGCUGGAACCAAGCAGCCCCUCCCCCCACUGCACGGCCCUUUUCCUUAAUGAAAGCAUGCUAUUUUUAAUACCAGAGCUCUGCAUUCAAGCCAGCCACUCAGAGAGAGACAUGCAUAUUGUUACGGGGAAGGGUGGGUUUCUCCCCGCAGGGGACCUCGCUCUUUUAGACCCAGGUUUUCACCUUCCGGAGUGGGAAUUGCCCCUGCCGUUAGCAUGAUGAGAACGCGGCAUGGCGGCUUGCUCACGUAAUGCAAAGCUUGGGGUCCUCUUCUGCGGCAGCCCCCCGGGCCGGCCAGAAGCCUCUUUCCUUUAUGAGCACUUACGCUUUCUGAUCUUUUGCACAUUUCUUCCGCUUCGAGUUCUUUCGGUUACUUCGCAACCAGCACUUUCGAUGGGUCUGAGGAGAGGACUCCACCUUUCUCUCCUACGAGUCAAGAUGGAUCUGGACUUCUCAGUGGCCCCAGCCAGCCAUGGGUUGAGUGGAGACUGGGUGGAAGACAACUGCCUAAUUGUUCUGAAGCCAUGGAGGGAAUGCUAAGAUGCGAACACUGUCCUAACUCUGUUGCUGAGUGAACUCUCUGGUGCAGGUGGAGAUACGGAUGGUGCCACCUGAAAGCCGUUGCUAGCACAGGUAUCGUUCAUCUCAUUCUCUACCAAGGUUUCCUUCCAGGCUGGCAAUGCACAUAUUGAAGAUCUCUGCAAAGGAGAGACGCCUUGGAAUAGACGUCAGAUGGAGGAGGGGACUUCUGCCUCUGUCCUGGAGAUGUGUGUUGUCACAGUGCCCUUUGUUGGGCCUUGGUGGCUGAGCUGGGCUUUUGAAUUGGUGCAGACCAACCGUCACAGCAAUGCCAUCACCCCAUUGCCCUCCUCCAUGUUUUCCCUUCCUGGAUCCAAUAUUACCUUGCCAGGCCAUUUUGGCUCUUUGGAGAAUACUGUGCCCUCCCCUCUGCUCAGAUCCCCUCCCUCUGGGGCUGGUCCUAGGCACCAGCUGCCAUCACAAUCAAUUAGGGUUUGUUCAUAAAUAAAGAUGAUUGAAUUUCACCUGC